CUUCCUUUUUUCUCUCUCAAAGUCGGCAUCGGUGCCUGGCGGGUGAGUCCCCCCCACUUUGGUAAUGCUGGGCUCUUUCCUACUAAGCCGCGCUGUAAACUAGACGGGGCGUUCGCGUUUCCACCUCACCUUUUCUGUCCCUCUCGGGCUCCCGUUAGCGGAGCCACAGAAGCGAUUUGAGAAGAGGUCGCCUGACAACCAAGCGGGGGGAGGGCGAGCGGAAACUGGGCCAAUUGGGCGGAGCUUUUCGCGUGACGUCACUGGGCGGCGCAGCCAACCUCGAUUGUUCCCGCGCCAGAUUCGAAAUCCGGCGGAGAGGAUACAAGCUGCAUUUGGCAUAGCCGGCGAAGUGCGUUCCCGCGGUUUUUUGUCCUUCCUGCGCUACCGUUUCUUUCUUUCUGAGGGUGGUGAGAGAGCUCCGUUUGGUUACCGGCGGGCCGUUUCCAUGGCAACCCAACCCAAGCGAAGCCGGAGCACCGUGAAGAAGAUCGCCAUCGAGGGCAAUAUAGCCGCCGGCAAAUCUACCUUUGUGAAUAUUCUCAAAAAAGCCCGAGAGGAAUGGGAAGUUGUUCCAGAGCCGUUGGCAAAAUGGUGCAAUGUUCAAGACAGCCACGAUGACUCUGAGGAGCUGACAGCCUCACAAAAGAGUGGUGGAAACCUUCUUCAGAUGAUGUAUGAGAAGCCGGAGAGAUGGUCCUUUACUUUUCAAGCCUACGCCUGUCUGAGCAGAAUCAGGGCUCAGCUCAAAUCCCUUGAAGGGAAAUUAAAAGAAGCUGAGAACGCUGUGGUUUUCCUUGAACGAUCAGUUUAUAGUGACAGGUACAUCUUUGCAUCCAAUUUAUAUGAAUCUGAUUGUAUAAACGAAACAGAGUGGACUAUUUAUCAAGACUGGCACAGUUGGAUGAAUCAGCAGUUUGGAUCAAGCCUUGAACUGGAUGGCAUUAUUUAUCUCCGAGCUACUCCUGAAAAAUGCUUGGAUAGGAUUUAUAUCCGUGGAAGGGAUGAAGAGCAAGGCAUUCCCAUGGAAUAUCUGCAGAAACUCCAUUACAAACAUGAAAGCUGGCUCCAGCAUAGGACAUUACGGACAGAAUUUGAAUACUUGCAAAAGAUACCCGUUCUAACCCUGGAUGUAAAUGAAGAUUUCAAAGGCAACAGAGACAAACAUGAAAAUAUGAUUGAGAAGGUCCAAGAAUUUUUAAGUACAUUAUAGCAUUUCCAGAAGUCUAACUGCAGCUGAAUGUUCCCCGCAUUUGGAUCAGUUAUUCAUUUUAUCAAUGCCUGAUUUUGCUUAACCAGGUUCAACUAUAUUGUGUGGUUAAAUAUUGCUAGGACCUGGUUUUGUGUUUGCUGGGCAUGAAAGUUUGUUGCCAAAAAGAACUGAAGAGAGGACUUGAUAUGAACAAGUGUCACGUCCUUAUAGCAUGAAUGAAAUACUUCGUUAAGUCUACUGAUGUCUCUGUAAUUAGCAAAACUUGGAGGGUGUGUCAAAUUUCAUCACAUUUAAUCAUCUAUGUUCCUGUGGGAUGAUAUAGGGCAGCAACUCCCCCUAUAAACUGGAGAUAAAAAAUGGUUUCCUAGCUUGCAUUUGACCCUUGCAUUAUAUCUUUAAGUGAAGCAAAUUUUUGUAACUGGAUGGAAGUUAGCAAAAAGAUGGAUUGUAGGUAAGCGGAAACAGAUUGCAUUUCCUUGGAGUGUGGAUAUAAUUGACAGGUAAACUGAAAGCAGCCACUCAUUUUUUUCUGUAUGUGUUGUGAUGUCGCAUGCCUGUUCAAAAGGAGCACAGUUUGCAUUGCAAUGGUCUCGUACUGCUUGGAUCUGAUUAAUUUUUUUCAGUCCUGAAUCCAACUGUGUUCUCAAGGCAAUUCCCCCAGUUUUCUAGCAUAGUCUAUCGACUUCUUCCUAUAGAACAAAAUGCCCAAAGUAAAACAUUUAUCGCUUCUUGGUAUUCAAACUUUUGUUCUUUCCUUCACUCGGAAAGUCAUGCCAAGCUAUGCAUCAAAGUUACAAGGAUGCCAAACCGAAUCACCUAGGUAAAUCAGGACUAUUUAAUGACUUCUGCAUUGCCCCAAAAUGUGUGUUUUAUUUAAGGUUUUAUGUAUUAGAAUAGUCUAAGGCAGGAGUGUCCAACUUUGCAACUUUAAGAUCUGUGAACCUGGCUGGCUGGGGAAUUCUUGGAGUUGAAGUCCACAGAAAGUUGCAAGGUUGGCUGGACUAAGGCGUAACUGGCUGCAGCCAAUUUGUAUUUAACUGCUUUCUUGCUUCAUGUUUAUUGAUUUUAACGCACUGCUAAAUGUUCCACUUAAACUUGGGGAGUUCUCUUAAAACACUUGGACCUAUUUUAUAUUGUCAUAGGAAUUCUGGAAAGAAACUUCAGAAGUAACAGUGUUAAAACUCUCUUUACCAUUUCAUGUUUUAAAACUGCAAUGCAUCAAAUUGUAUAGCCCUCUGAAAUGGAUUUACUCUUACAUGGUGUCUUUAGGUAUAGUCAAACGAGUCCAUGUUUUUAGCCUCUAAAGAUGUACAACAUUUGAUCAUCUUGGAAACUUUUUUCCUAAAAUAAAGAUCGAAA